AUGAAACAAGACAUCAAUACAGUCGAACUGAGCGCCCAAGAGCAUAGUCAAAUCACGAACAUAAACUUAUACUCUGGUCAUGCAGAGAUAACACGCCUCUUUAAGUUUGAAAUCCAAGCUGGUUCGAAUAUCGUCGUUAUUACGGGGCUCCCUUGCACAUUUCAACAGGAUUCUUUGAGAGUGGAAGGAAAAGGAAACGCAUCUAUUCACGACGUGACCGUCGAGCACACUGUACCACCCCAAAAUAGCGACGACAACAGCGAGCAAUCCAGGCUAGUCAGGGAAUGCUCGAACAUUGAAACUGCAUUACAAAGCGCUAGAUCCUCUCGAGAAGCUUUGAACAAAUACUUGUCAACCGUCCACGCUGAAAAGGUCGACAUUGCACGCUUAGAAUCCACAUUGGAUGGGUACAUGAUGCUUGGUCAAAAAAUCGGCCAAAAGAUUCUUGAUUUGAAGAAAGAGCUUUCCGUUGCUCAGCAGGAACUCGCACGCGUUAGGGAAGCAGAUAGGAAGGCACCCAAAGUGCAACCUUUUUCCUGGAAAGUAUCAAUCAAUGUACAUGGUCAACUUACAGAAACUGUCAGAAUUUUUAUUAAAUAUGUUGUGUACGGAGCUGAUUGGACAGCAAGUUAUGACAUUCGCGUCGAUACCCAAACGUCUGAGAAGAAUGUGUUUAUCCUGUACAAGGCUAUUGUCCAUCAGGCCACAGGGGAGUCCUGGGACAAUGUGCCUCUAACCCUCGAGACCUCUUCUCCUUCUUUUGGGAUCAAACCGCCUCACCUACCAACCUGUCGUAUCACUGCCCCUAGGGCGAUUCCUUAUCCGGUUCCAGGAUCUGGACCACCGGGUUUCGUUCCUGUAAUCCCAGACGAUUGUCAUUAUUUCAUGCCUCCACCUCCGCUUGCUAAAUCCCCGUCUAUAUCCACUGGAUCUCCACGUCCAAGUCUUCCCAUUCCAGAACCCUUCCAGCCAGUAAUGACUCAGCCGUCAAUGAUACAUGGAUCGAACAAGGGUAAUAUAAUCGCCUCCUUUCGAAUUCCUGGCUUGAUCAACAUCCCGAAUGAUGGUGGGAAUCAUAACGUUUCUGUUACUCAACUUGAUCUGGAUGCGGCCAUAACAUGGUACGCAGUCCCAGCCACAGAUACAAGAGUUCACAUGAAGGCCGAGAUUCGAAAUGUUUCCCAAUUUACUUUCGUGCCAGGAUCGGCGAACGUUUACGUGGAUGGAAGCUUCAUAGCUACUACGGCGAUUCCUUCUGUCAGCCCUCAAGACACCUUUGACUGUCCGCUUGGGUUGGAUUCGACCGUUCGAAUCACGUAUCAUCCACAAGAAAGAAAGGCCGCGACAUCUGGGUUUUAUUCCAAGACAUCCAGCAAUACAUUUGUCCAACGUAUCACAGUCCUUAACACGAAAUCAAUCAUGAUAAAGAAUCUCAAAUUGAUAGAACGAAUACCAGUCUCGGAGGACGAAAGGAUUGAAGUGAAAUUGUUGCAACCGGCCCUGGCCCUUCCAACACAAUCGUCGAAGACAUCUUCCUCAUGGCAAAAACCUAUCAAAGUAUCUUCCAGUGUCGUGGCGCAAUGGAAUGGAGUUUACGAAGCUGGAGUUGAUCAAGAGAGCCUUGGAAAAGACGGAAAAUUCAAUUGGGUGAUCUCCGUCCCGCCUCACAAAAGUGUUUCCUUGACUUUGCAGUACGAAGUAAGCCACCCGAAGAACCUGGAUUUGACUUGGUACACCGAUUAA